AUGGGCGGGAUUCUGGUGAAAGAGGCCAUUGCUACUGCUUACCAUGGCGACGAGACCUAUGCUUCAAUACCGGCGAUGACCUACGGGAUUUUCUUCUUCGGCGUUCCGCAUUACGGCUCCCAGCACGCUUCCUGGGGGCAGACAGCCGCUAAGGUCAUCCGCAGUUUCAACAAUCAGAUCAACGAGUCAUUUUUACGAGCCGUCGAGGCGCAGUCGUCGUAUAACGAUUCGCUCAAUGCCAGAUUCCGGCCUCUACUGGAGGCGUAUAGGUUCUUUACUAUCUGCGAGACCAUGCGUGAGGUGGUCGGGGGAGUCAAUAUUGGGUUGGUAAGAAUAAACCAUGCGCUUAUUACCUAA